AUGUUGAAACAAGAUUUGUCUCAUUCGACAACAUCCUCUCCAACUCAUCUCAAUUCAUCCAUUGGUGAGCAUCCAAAUGCUAUAACAAAUCGUUUUUUCUCGUACGAACGAAUACAAGAAAUAUCCAAUUAUCUUCGAAAAAAAAUUCCCAGUUCUCCCAAAGUUGCCAUUAUAUGUGGUUCAGGACUUGGUGGAUUGGCUGAAUUAAUUACAGAUAAAGUUACUUUUCCAUACAAUGAAAUACCCUAUUUUCCAUCUAGUACAGUUGUCGGACAUCGAGGAAACUUAAUUUUUGGAAUAUUAAAUGGUGUUUAUGUCGUAUGUAUGCAAGGAAGAUUUCAUGCAUAUGAAGGAUAUACAACAGCAUUGUGUGCUAUGCCUGUUAGAGUUAUGAGACUGUUGGGUGCUCAUUCUCUAAUCGUUACAUGUGCAGCGGGAACCAUGAAUAAAGAAUAUAACAUAGGCGAUAUUAUGAUUAUUAAAGAUCAUCUUAAUUUUCCAAAUUUUUCGGGAAAUAAUCCAUUAAUUGGACACAAUGACGAACGAUUUCCACCAGUUGGACAUGCAUACGAUCGAGAAUAUACGACAUCAAUGAAACAAGUGGCAAUCGAACAUGGACUUGAAUUACGUGAAGGAAUUUAUGCAAGUUUAGGUGGACCAUGUUACGAAACAAUUGCAGAAAUCAAUUUACUAAAGAUGCUUGGAGGUGAUGCUGUUGGAAUGAGUGUUGUACAUGAAGUAACUGUGGGCGCUCAUUGUGGUUUUCGAAUACUUGGCUUGGCGCUGAUAACAAAUAAGUGCUUAACAGACUACACUGCUACACACGAAGCCGUACAUGAAGAAGUGAUAAGAAUUAGCGAACUUAAAGCAAAUGAUAUGCAACAAUUAAUUUUAAAUUUUAUUGGCAAAUUGAAAGAGAAAGAGAAAGAGAAAGAGAAAGAGAAAGAGAAUUGUGUUUGA